CAAUAUAGUGAUACUGUAGCCGAAAUUUACAGCCAACAUGGCGUCGCGUCGUUCCAACAAGUCACACAAGGUCCCAAAUGUCAAACUACGACCAGCAGCGCCACAGCCAUAUCAUCGCGACAACACUCCUCCAUCAUCUCUAGGCCUCGACCGAAGUUCCUCGCCAGUACCCCUAGAUCUCUCCUCGAGCUUCAUUGAUCCGUGUCCGAGACCUUUCAAAGGUGUCACGCUGUGUGCGACCGGGGUCGAUAAGACGACUUUGUUUUCAUGUGCAAGCAAGUUGGGAGCGAACACGACGUCGGACUUCACGGAUAGAGUUACGCAUCUUAUUGCGAUUACUCAUGGAGGGGCUAAAUACAUGUGUGCCCUGGAACGUAAAAUCCCAAUCAUGCAGCCUUCGUGGGUGCACGAUAGUUUCGAGAUCUGGCAGCGCGGCGACGAUGUCGACUUUGACGAGAGCAUCAACUCCCACCGUCUCCCCAUCUUCAACGACCUCACAAUCUGCCUCUCCGGCAUCUCUUCCGUCCCCCGCCGUAUCGAGAUAAACCGCAUAGUCCGCGCUCAAGGCGGCGAAUACACUAAAGUCCUCGAGCGGCCUGUCGUGGUCACGCACUUGCUUUGUGGUGGGGAUGUUGGUGGUGGGGUUGCGCCGGAAGAAGAGCCGGUGGAGGAGGAGUCGCAGGAUAUAAGUAUUGCGGGGAGGAGCAGUAGGAGUAAAUCGAAGGGCAAGGGGAAAGCUAAGGGUAAGGGUAAGCAAAAGGCUGGAGGGGAGGGUGCAGACGAUGGUGAGGAAGGAGAUGAAGUGGUAGAGACGGAGAAGAUGAAGUAUGCGCGGAAGUUCAAUAAGACGGGGGAGGCGAAGAUCAUGAUGGUCUGGGAGGAGUGGUUCUGGGAUUGUUUAGAAUUUGGCGGCCGCUUCCCCGAAUCAAACUACCUAGUCCACCGCCCCCGACCCCCCCGUAAACAACCCCCCACCGCACCCACCGCACCCGCACCCCCCCUCGCAGCCUCCCUCCCUCUCCCUCCUCAACUGCCACCGCCACAGCAGCAAGCCGAUCCAACGACCGACGCCCUCGAACAAUUCGAUCUCGCGCCUUCCCAGUCACGACGUUCUGCGAACGAUGCAUACCUCGCUCCGCUUGGCUCUGCGCUCCUCGGUUCGAGAGGGUUCAGGCAUGAGGGAAGGACGGUCAUGAGGGUUGAUAGUGGUGGCGGUGGUGGGGCGGGAGCGGGGGUAAGAGGACUUCCGAGUGAAUCUCGGGGUUUGGUGGGUACGAGGUCGACACCGGCGUUAGGUGGUGGUGGUGCUGGUGGUGCUGGUGUUGGCGGUGGGGAGGGAGAGAUCAUAGAAGUAGGAGGCGUAAAAAGCGCCGCCGGUAUCGAACUGGCAAACUCGACCAAAACGAGCCAACAGACAGGAAGGUGGGACGCACCGGAGAUGAAGAAGCGGAGUGCGCUACAUACGUUCUCUAGGGCGAAUUCGUUCGCUCCGGUCGGUUCGUUCGCCGCUGGCGCUCCGUCUGAUGAGUUGGGUGGGACUGGUGUGGUUGCGAGUAGAGCGCCGUUGAGGAAGAGUUUGACGGCGGCGGUUUUGUUUGGGCGGGGGAGGGAGAAGGAGGGAUCGGCGGGGCCGUCGAGGCUUACGCCUGGGCCUGGUCUUGGUCUCGCUGCCGUUCCUGGUCCAGUAUCCGCGGGGGUGUUCAAAGGGAAGAGGUUCCGCGUGAGAGGGGAAGCGAGGAGCGAGAGAGUGAGAGGGGCGAUUGAGGGGGCGGGGGGCGUUUGGGUUGAGGGAAAGCAUGAUGCCGACGAUGAGGAUGAGGAGGAUGGGGAGGGGAGGUGUGAUUAUGUGGUAGUCAGGCUUGCUAGUGGAAGCACCCUCUUCCGCGCCGAUCCCUCUCCUUCUACCCGUCUCAGAUACAGAACCGAAUGCUGGCUCGAAGCCUGUCUUGCACAACAGCGCAUCUGUGAGCCAGAGGAACAUAUCGCGUAUGUGCCUGUGCCUGUACAGGGGCCCUUGAGGGUGCGCAAGCGUCAGAGGCAGGUACGGAUCGGAGGAUAUGCGCAGGGGGACGUGAGUAAUUGGGAAGAAGAGAUGGGCGAGGUGGACGAGGGGGUGAGGGCGGUGGUGAAGCUCAGUUCUUCGGGACUGGACGCGGCGGAGGAUUUGUGGCUGAAGAGGCUGGUGAAGGCUUUGGGGAUAACGCAUUCGCCUACGUUUACGAAGCAUUGCACGCAUCUUUUGUGUCCAUCAAGGACGGGGGCUAAGUUCGAGAAGGCCGGGGAGUGGGGCGUUCCGAUUGUUGAUUGGGGGUGGGUCGAGGAGGUGGUGAAGACGGGGAUUGUCCCGCUGACGGCACGGGAGAGUAUGAGUGUGGAAAAGGAGGAAAGUAAGGGGAAGGGGAAAGAGAGGGAGAAGGAAAGGAGUAUCAAAUCGAAGGGCAAGGGAAAGGAGAGGGCUGUCGAAGUGGAUGCGCCGGUGGAUACGGAUGUGAGGAUGAUGGAUAUCACUAAUGGUCGCAGCUCUUCACCUGCUCUCCACCCACCGACCUCAAGCCCAGUGCCACCGCCACACCUUGACUACCAGGAUCACGUCGAACCCGAGCCCGAGUCAUUCUUCGCACAUGAGUUCGAACAACAGCAACAAGCACAAGCACAAAUAUCCCCUGAUGACUCUGAAUUCUUCAAGCCCAACGGUUUGUUAGGCACCACACCCACACCCAAUCCCAAUCCCAAUGCCGUCCCAGCUCUUUCGCCCGUCCCGCAAGCUCCACCUCGAAGUCAGACCCUUCCACCUCUCACGCCUUCCAACCCCCACCUCGCACCCGUUGAUGAUGAUGCCGCCGAACCGGAACCGGAACAAGACUACGUCCCCUCCUCGUCCCCUCCCCAAGGCACGCCUCUCGACGUCAGAGUUCCCUCCUCCGCCACUCCUUCUCCCAUGAAGAUACCAUUGGACAAAGGGAAGGGCAAAGCGACGGAGAUCUCGAGAGAAAAGACGAAGGAGCAGAUCGGGGUGUCGACGGAGACGGCGAGGGCGUUGCAGGAGAGUUUGACGAGUUUGUUGGGGAAGAGGUCGGUGGGGAGUAUGGAGGAUUUGGUGGAGAGUGCGGGAGGUGUUGCGGGUGAGAGUGUCGGUGUUGGUGUUGGUGCUAAUGGUGCUGGUGCAGGCGGGCAAGCUGCAGGGGGGAUGAGAGCUGGGAAAAGGCCGAGGCCGAGGAGUAGAGGGUCAAGGUCAAGACAAGGUUCCGCAAACAACGUCUUCGGCAAAGACGCACCGGCCCCACCGCUCGACGACCACUUCGACCUGCACGCCGAAUCCUACUCUUUCGACCCCGAUAUUGCCAUGGCCGGCAAUCCAGAAAACGACGACGACGACGAGUUGAACUUGAAACCGGGACAGGUGUUGGGUGGUGUGAUUCCGGUGUCGAGGGCGGCGGGGCGAGGAGGGGAUCAUGAUGGGAGUGUGACGCUGGUGAGGUAUGAGGAUCCAGAGCAGAGAGACGAGAGGAAGAAGUUGAUGAGUCUUUUGGGGGAUCCGGUUAGUUCGAUGGAGGCGAGUGGGAGUGGGGUGGGGAAGGUCAAGGGCGGGAAGACGGUGGAUGCGAAGAGGGGGAGGAAAGGUGGGAAGAGGGCGGCUGGGUUUUGAGAGGGGUUGUCUGAAUCUGUGUUGG